AUGUCAGAUAUAGAAACAGAAAUUUCUGCCUUAAAGAAAACUAAGACCAUUGGUAUUAUUGGUCUUGGUGAUAUGGGCUUCUUAUACGCCAAGAGAUUUGGCGAAGCUGGAUGGACAGUUGUUGGAUGUGACCGGGAAGAUCAAUUUGAACAAACCAAGGCUAAAUAUGCCGGUGAGCCAUUUGAAGUGUUGAAAAAUGGACAUUAUGUGUCACGGAUUUCUGACUAUAUUAUUUAUAGUGUUGAAGCCGAAAAUAUUAACAAGAUUGUUUCAAUUUACGGACCAUCAACAAAAUUUGGAUCAAUUGUUGGGGGUCAAACUUCUUGUAAAGGGCCUGAAAUUGCAGCAUUUGAACAACAUCUUCCUCAAGAUACCAGCAUUGUCUCUUUACACUCUCUCCAUGGACCAAAGGUUAAUACUACGGGACAACCAUUGGUUUUAAUCAAACAUAGAGCCAAUGACACAGACUUCAAGUUUGUGGAUUUAUUAGUUUCAUGUCUUAAUUCUAAAGUUGUCUAUCUCUCUGCAUCGGAACAUGAUAAAAUUACCGCCGAUACACAAGCAGUGACACACGCAGCAUUUCUCUCCAUGGGUGUCGCUUGGAAAUCCAUUAAUCAAUAUCCAUGGGAAACUCCAAGAUGGGUUGGAGGUAUGGAAAAUGCUAAAAUCAACAUUUCUCUUCGAAUUUAUUCUAAUAAAUGGCAUGUUUAUGCUGGGCUUGCCAUCACAAAUCCAGCAGCACAUGAUCAAAUCUUACAAUAUGCUAACUCUGUCACUGAAUUGUACACAUUGAUGAUUCAGGGUAAAGAGACUGAAUUGAGAGAGAGAUUAAUGAAAGCAAAGGAAUAUGUAUUUAAAAAUGUAUCUAAUACAGAUAUGUUACUUGAUGAUAAUUUAUUGGAAAAGUUUUCGUUAAGUAAAGUCCCACCAGGAGGUAGACAACCCAAUUCACACUUAUCUUUAUUAGGGAUAGUCGAUAGUUGGUACAAAUUAGGAAUUGUUCCAUAUGAUCAUAUGAUUUGUUCCACUCCACUUUUCCGGAUAUUCCUUGGUGUUACUGAAUACCUUUUCUGCACUCCUGGAUUACUUGAAGAAUGUAUCAGUGUUUCUGUGAAUGAUCCAACCUUUAGACAUGAUGAUUUAGAAUUUACUAUUGCUGCUAGAAAUUGGUCAAAGAUUGUUUCAUUUGGGAACUUUGACCUCUACAAGCAAGAAUUUGAAACAGCUCAAGAGUUUUUCAAACCAAUGCUUGGAGAAGCAAAUAGAAUUGGAAAUGAAAUGAUUAAAACGAUUUUAGAAAGAGUUAGAGAAAGGGAACAAUAA